AUGGAUACUCGUACCGAGUCUACAUCGAAUCCGCGAAAACGCCGUCGCCCCGCUCUAUCCUGCGAGCAAUGUCGGCGACGCAAAGUCCGGUGCGACCGGGAGAUGCCUUGCGGGCCCUGUACCAAGUCUCAGCCCCCUCUGGACUGUGAAUAUGUCAAUGAAGGGAAGGCAGCGCUAGACGCUCGACUAGAUUCCAGAUCAGCAGAGCAGGAGUCGUCAUGCAUCGGCGUGUCGCAAGCGGGCUCCACCAGCGACGGAGCCCGGAUAACGCAGCUCGAGCGAACGGUUCAAGCCCUGCAGGCUCGAGUGCGGGAUCUGGAGAAAUCGAAGCACAGGGAAGCGCAGGAAGACAAACUUCCUGCCAAACCCUUUGAUAAUCAUCUUCCCAGGCUGGCAGGGGAGCCUGAUCAUACCUCUACAAAGAGCCCGCCAACAUGCAUCCCUCCGCUCAAUCCCCGCCUCAAUAGUACCCCGGACUCUAUGAAAGUGUUCGGGACUACCCACUGGGCCCUUGUGUUUCAGCAGCUUCGUCUUCUGCGGCAAGUGCGCAGCACGGCCAGCUAUACUGAUGGAGAGAAGAAUGAGAUGAGCAAAUCUCUGAAAGAGAUCCGUACGAUCCGGCAAAGGAUUAAGAACCAUCAGGCUCCAAGGCUAGAGGAGCCGGUGCCAGGCCUUCUGAAAGAUGUUCCGGGGAAGGAUGUCUGUGACCAGCUCGUUCAGCACUAUUUCCGUACUCUAGGCCUUAUAUACCGGGUCAUUCAUAGCCCCACGUUCUUCCAGGAGUAUAACACCUUCUGGGAACAACCUCAAAAUGUUUCGACAUCAUUCCUGCUGCAGCUACUGCUGAUUCUUGCCAUUGGGUCGGUAUUCCACUGCAAGCCAGGACCUUUCAAUGAACUUGGCUUGCCAAUCCGCCGCUGGAUUUAUGCUGCAAAAUGGUGGCUUGAGGGCCCGGGCGAACGGGAAGCGCAAAGCAUGGCAGGUCUGCAGGUACAGUCUUUGGUGAUUGUCUGCCGACAGGCAUAUGCCAUACACAAGGAAACCAACUGGGUGAUGGCGGGGGCAUUGCUCAGGAGGGCGAUCAAUCAGGGACUCCAUCGAGAUCCAAAGAACUUUCCAACCAUCUCGACCUUUGACGGGGAGAUGAGACGUCGCGUAUGGGCGACUAUACUGGAACUCAAUGUGCAGCUUUCUGUCGAUGUCACCAUGCCGCCUUUACUUGCUCCAGAGGAUUAUGAUACACAACCGCCAUCCAAUUUCGACGACGAGGAUAUCGAACCCGCGAUGGAGAUACUGCCACCUGCUCCUUCGCUCGAAUGCUUCACCUCCUCGUCUCUUCAGAUUAUCUUAUAUCAGUGUUUUCCCGCGCGGCUGCAAAUUAUGCGGAUUUUGAAUCAAUGUGGCCGAGCGCAAGUAUACGAGACAGCUUUGCAGCUUGGAAAUGAAAUUCUCCAAGCUUGCAAAGAACUCUCAAACCUCUUUCACAAAUAUUUUCCCCGCACAAAGACUGCAACAAAUCCGCCGACUAUUUUUCACGUCCGGCUGAUGGAUAUUAUCCUGCGACGAUUCCUGGUCAAUAUCCAUCGUCCCUUUGCAAUCCACUCUAUCAACGACCCACGGUUCUACAUGUCUCGGAAAAUAAGUUUAGACGCUGCGCUAGUGAUGGCUUCCCACGGCGACCCGCCUAAAGACGCAGCAGCGGCAAGUCAAGCCCCCUAUCAAGACCUACAGCGUCUCUGCUUAUCAGGAGCCGGUACCUUUAAAGGAUAUCUCUCGUUGGAUGUCCUUAUGGUGAUAUCCUUGGAGUUAAUCACUCAAGUAGAAGAGGAAACCGCGUCGCAGCCUCCGGGCUCUCCCGGUGCGCCAACAACGGUAGACCAGAUGGCACAGGCUGUACGAGUACCACUCAUCCAAGCAUUGGAACGUUUGAGCGCACACCUAUACAAAAGUCUCGAAGCGGGUAUUCCGAGUAUGAAACGCUACUGUUUACUCGCCGGGGUACUUGCUCAGAUCCAGGCGAUGAUGAGCGGCGAACAGGCAGAGUGGAUUCAUAUUCGGGAUGCUUUCCUGGAUAGCAUGAAGACAUGCCGGACUCUCCUUGAGCAAUAUAUUUCAGAAAAUCCUCUUCCAAAUGCUUUUCUGAAUGUCCCACCAGACAGCUCGAAUCUCUGGACGCCGGAAAGUGGACUGGGGUCCAGCUUGGAAUCGGAGUUCAUGUUCCCGUAUAUCGGCCCGCAAGAUAUGAGUUUCUGGGAUAUUCCUCCCUUUGGUGAUGAAACUACCUUCGAUCCUCCAGUCGUAUGA